GAGGAGGCAGUGGGAGGGCAAAGCUAAUCUGCUAGCUAGCUUGAACAUUGUUUCGUCAAGUAGGCUAACCUCUACACUGUGUGGCACUGCAUACUUUUAAAGGAAAUAAAUCGAUUCUACUCACACUUUCGAUGGACGCGUGAUAUCUCAUGAAAUACAUUGAUGAAAGAGUCUUAUGUGAUAAUACAUUGAGUAUUCGAAGAAUUUGUCACGUUUAAACGUGGGAUUUUGAUUAUCUUUCGGCGAGCGGAGGAAAGCUUUUAGGAGGCUUCACAUAGGUUCUUCGUCCUGAAAUGGACACAGGAAUUGUCCCCGAAAAGAAAAGGGUGAGCUCCGAGCGCAGGAAGGAGAAGUCUCGCGACGCGGCGCGAUGCCGCCGGGGGAAGGAGUCGGAGGUGUUCUACGAGCUGGCCCAGGAGCUGCCCCUGCCUCACAGCGUCAGCUCCAACCUGGACAAGGCCUCCAUCAUGAGGCUGACCAUCAGCUACCUGCGCAUGAGGAAGAUGCUCAACACAGUCGACCCAGCUGAAGUGGAGGAGUCAGAGCUGGACUGCCAGCUGAACGGCUCCUACCUGAAGGCUCUGGACGGCUUCCUCAUGGUGCUGUCGGACGACGGAGACAUGAUCUAUCUCUCCGACAGUGUCAACAGGUGCCUGGGCCUGGCACAGUUUGACGUGACGGGACACAGUGUGUUUGACUAUACACACCCAUGUGACCAGGAGGAGCUGAGGGAGAUGCUGGUCCAUCGGACAGGAUCUUCUAAGAAGUCCAAGGAACAAACCACUGAGCGCAGCUUUUUCCUGCGCAUGAAAUGCACCCUCACCAGCAGGGGGCGCACUGUCAAUGUCAAAUCGGCAACAUGGAAGGUGCUCCACUGCUCGGGCCACAUGAAGCUGUACGAGACCCCGGCGGAGCAGGGCUCUUGUGGGCACAAGGCGCCCCCUGUGCCCUUCCUGGUGCUCAUCUGCGACCCCAUCCCCCACCCCUCCAACAUCGAGGUCCCACUGGAUACCAAGACCUUCCUGAGCCGCCACACGCUCGACAUGAAGUUCACCUACUGUGACGAGAGGAUCACAGAGCUGAUGGGCUACGAUCCAGAGGACCUUUUAAACCGCUCUGUGUACGAAUACUAUCACGCCCUGGACUCAGACCAUCUCACCAAGACCCACCACAACUUGUUUGCUAAGGGCCAGGUCAUCACAGGCCAGUAUCGCAUGCUGGCCAAGAAAGGAGGCUUUGUGUGGGUGGAGACACAGGCCACAGUCAUCUACAGCAGUAAGAACUCCCAGCCACAGUGUGUGGUCUGUGUCAACUUUGUUCUCAGUGGCGUCCAAGAGGAGCAGCUGAUUCUGUCUCUGGAGCAGACAGGUGCCGUCAGGCCUGUGAAGCAGGAGCUCGUUCAGGGGAAGGUGGAGGAGGAGGAGGCAGCUGUCGUGGAGGAGGAGGAAGUGGUUCAGGAGGUUGAGGAGGAGGAGGAGGAGGAGGAGAGCAGCAGCAGCCAGACAGAUGUAUCCAUGGAGGAGACCCAAAGCCCAGAGCUGGAUGUGAUCCAGAUGUUCACCCAGACGGUGGAGACCUCGUCCCUGACCAGCCUGUAUGACAGGCUGAAGGGGAAGCCUGAGGCCCUGACCCAGCUGGCUCCGGCUGCUGGGGAUGCCAUCAUCCACCUGGACUUCAGCUGCCCCGACAUCCAUCUGCAGGAGGUUCCCCUCUACAACGAUGUGAUGCUGCCCUCCACCAGUGAGAAGCUGGCCCUGUCCCCUCUGCGCCCCAGCGAGCCCCUCUCUCCCCCCUCCUUAGUGGUCAAAAGGCAGGAGGACUUCCCCUUCCCAGUGUCCUCUGCUCCAGAGACCUCCAGCUCACCGGGCAGCAACAGCUUGGAACGCAGCCCCGCAGAGCCCGACAGCCCGCUGGACUUCUGCUUCUCCGUGGACUCCGAUAUCAACUCUGCAUUUAAGCUCGACCUGGUGGGGAAACUGUUCGCCAUCGACACGGAACCCAAGACUCCUUUUACCGCGCAGGCUAUGGACGACCUGGAUCUGGAGAUGCUGGCCCCCUACAUCCCCAUGGAUGAUGACUUCCAGCUGCGCAGCCUGUCCCCAGAGGAGCCCCUGUCCUGCAGCCCCUCCCAGCUCCUGGAGGGUUCCCCUCAGAGCCUGGCUCACGAGGUCAGCUACCCCGGCUCUCCCUUCAGCGCUCCCAGUCGCACCGCCUCCCCUGCACCCCCCUUACCCCCACCCCCAGAGACAACAGAACAUCUUCAUCUUGUCACCAAAACCCAGAGGGCUCCCCAGUUGGACAGUGAGAUCUCCCUGAGAACUCUGGCCACCCACAACGCACAGCGGAAGAGGAAGCUGGAGACCGUGACCUCCCUGUCCCAGGUGAUGGGACUGGGCACGGUGCUCCAGGGCCCGGCUGAGCAGGGGAAGAAACCCAAGGUGUCUGAAACGUGCCGGCCAGCGACGCUGUCCCACAGGACCAUACUGCUCCUGCCUACAGACCUUGCCAGCCGUCUGCUUGGCAGCUCAUCCGAGGGCAGCGCCUCCCCCUUCACCCUCCCCCAACUCACCCGUGACGACUGCGAGGUCAACGCCCCCGUUCUGGACCGCCAGCACCUGCUACAGGGGGAGGAGCUGCUGCGAGCUCUGGACCAAGUCAUCUGAGACAAUGCUUCGCCUGCCCACUGCUAGACUAGACCGGACACUACAACCCCCACCCCUCUGAGCCCCCCUCCACCCCAACCUCACCACCCCUUUAUUUAUAUCUCGUCUGUUUUGAUCUGUUAAGUUUGUCUGCCGUCUCUGCACACCCUGUGGCCUCCUCUGGUUCUCCACCCUGAGGAACACCAGAGUGAGUUUGAAGCUGGUGGGGGAGGCCCAGUGGUGUUGGCCCCCCUGUUUCUCUGUGGGGGGCCAUUUUCUCCCAGACGGCACACAGAGCAGCGCCUCAAAGCAGGACACCUGUCCAGGUGUUCUC